AUGGGAAGUGAGAGUUAUCAACUUUUGUCCAAGAUUGCAACCAAUGAUCAGCAUGGAGAAAAUUCUCCAUACUUUGAUGGAUGGAAAGCUUAUGAGAGAAAUCCAUUUCAUCCCACAAAAAAUCCUCAUGGUGUAAUCCAAAUGGGUCUUGCUGAAAAUCAGCUUUGUUUUGAUCUGAUUGAAGAAUGGAUAAAAAAUAAUUCCAAGGCUUCAAUUUGCACUCUUGAAGGAAUGCAUAAAUUCAGAGAAAUUGCAAACUUUCAAGACUAUCAUGGGUUGCCAGAGUUUACAAGUGCUAUGGCAAAAUUUAUGUCAAAAGUGAGAGGUGGAAGAGUAAGAUUUGAUCCAAACCGUAUAUUGAUGAGUGGAGGGGCAACAGGAGCAAAUGAAAUGAUAAUGUUUUGCUUGGCAGAUCCAGGAGAUGCUUUUUUAGUUCCUACUCCUUACUAUCCAGGGUUCGUUCGUGACUUAUGUUGGAGAACUAAGGUUCAAUUAAUUCCUGUUCAUUGUGAUAGCUCGAACAAUUUCAAGAUAACAAGAGAAGCACUUGAAGUAGCAUAUUCCAAAGCAAAAAAAGACAAGAUGAAUGUAAAAGGUUUGAUCAUAACAAACCCUUCCAAUCCAUUAGGCACAACCCUAGACAAAGAAACCCUAAAGAGUAUUGUUACAUUCAUCAAUGAGAAAACAAUCCAUUUAGUUUGUGAUGAAAUCUAUGCAGCCACAGUUUUCAGUUCACCAACCUAUGUAAGUGUUAGUGAAGUCAUACAAGAAAUGAAGUGCAACCUUGAUCUCAUUCACAUUAUUUAUAGCUUAUCAAAGGAUUUAGGGUUCCCCGGUUUUAGGGUUGGGAUAGUUUAUUCAUACAAUGAUCAAGUUGUGAAUUGUGGAAGGAAAAUGUCGAGUUUCGGAUUAGUUUCAUCUCAAACUCAACACAUGCUUGCUUCAAUGCUUUGUGAUGAAAAAUUUGUUGAUAAGUUUCUCUUGGAGAGUUCGAGAAGGUUGUCGAAAAGGCAUGAGAAAUUUACAAAGGGACUCGAAGAGGUUAAGAUUAGUCGAUUUCCAAGUAAUGCGGGACUAUUUUGUUGGAUGAACUUGAAGAGUUUGCUUAAGGAGGAAACAAUAGAAGAAGAGUUGAAGCUUUGGCAUGUGAUUAUUAAUGAGGUUAAGCUUAAUGUAUCGCCGGGAUCUUCUUUUAAUUGCUUUGAAGUUGGUUGGUUUAGGGUUUGUUUUGCUAAUAUUGAUGAUGAAACUGUGGAAGUUGCAUUGAAAAGAAUAAGAGUCUUUAUAGGGAAAGAAACAAAGAAGAAAGUUGAACAAGUCAAACGUUGGCAACCAAAUUUAAGGCUUAGUUUCACUUCAAGGAGAUUUGAUGAGAAUGUUUUGUCACCUCAUAAUCACAUAAUCCUCUCUCCUCACUCACCACUUGUUAGAGCCACAUGA